UGGAAAAAGCGGAACAAAAAUAGAAAAUAAAAAUCUCCACUGCCGAGAUCCGAUCGUCAGAGCAAUAUCAUUAGGAUUUAUUGAAUGUCACAUUCAGGGAAGCAUGCAAUUCCGUCGCUUCGUUCUACCAUCGCUACACUACACGCGUUCUUCCUUUCGCCUAUAUGCAACACUCUGGCUGGAGGCCACACGCAUUCUUUUCCAACAUUGUUGAGAUUCACAUUUGCCCCUUCAGGCGCUCGUUGCCGAGUCCGUACCCGUGCUUGCUUGAGGCUAUGGCAGGAGGUCAGGCGACCUUGCUUACGCGCACGGCGUGCGAGCCGCCUUGUCUUGCUGAGCUUGGACGGCUAUGGCGGCGGCGUGAAAGCCGCUGCGGGGGUCGUGGCAGCUGCCGAGGCACGUCGCGGCCUGUCUACCUCCAUGCCCACACCUGAAGCUCGGCUACGAGCGGCGAUGACGAAUCCCAACACGACGAUCGUGCGACUGACAUUUGACAUCCGUCUGACGUCUGAUCUUCCCUACAUGACCUGUCUUAAUCUGACAGUCAUCGGAAACUGCAGGACAGACUUCGGACUGCCGAGGCUCUGCCAGAUCAACGGUGGAGACCGCUUCGGCGGGUUUGCCGGCGCCGAGGAGCCGAUCAUCCUGACGCUGCAGAACGUGCUGAUGUCACACUUCACUCUUUCGAAAGAGAACCCGCGCUCCGUCAUCGCCGGUGGGGGCACCAUCGUUGUUAAGAACUGCCUGUUCCAAAACAACACUGGCGGGGGAGGUGUGCUUUUCGGCGCGAUCAUGAGUACUGUCACCAUCGAAAACUCCACGUUUAUUGGCAACAAUGGUACGGCGAUUGGCGGCACGUUUCUCAAUGUCUAUCUGAAGGAGGUCGUCUUUCGAUCGAACAUAGGUGGGUCGGUGAUCUCUCUUAAUCGAGGAAUGGUGGACGGCGAAAGAUGCGAGUUCGAGGCCAAUGCGGGAGGUGCGGUGUCUGUGUAGAUGGGCUCCCUUAAGUUUAUAAACUCUUCGUU